CGAGAGGCUUCUGUGGCUAGAGCUGGAAGCGGUAGGAGCCAUGGCUAAUAAGCUGGCUUCUUCCAUGGGAAGCCUGCGAGCGAUGGUGCUGCUGCUGCUGGUGACCUUCGUCGUGUGGGCAGCCAGCACCGAUGCAGCACGGCGUGAGCCUGUGGCGUGGAGGCCCGGCAUGAUCGGUGCCGAGGAUUGUGAUAAUAAGCAUGGUAAGGGUGGUGGUGGCGGUGCUGGAGCUGGGACCGGAGCCGGCAUUGGAGGAGGUGCUGGUGGUGGAAUGGGUGGUGGUGUUGGAGGUGGUGCUGGUGGUGAACUGGGAGGUGAUGUGGGUGCAGGAGGUGGAGCAGGAGGAGGAAUGGGCGGUGGUGGCGGGUUUGGAGGAGGAGGUGGUGUAGGCGGUGGUGUUGGGUUUGGAGGCGGGGCAGGUGGCGGCGGCGGUAUUGGUGGUGGCGGGGGACUCGGAGGCGGAGGCGGAGGCGGGGUAGGUGCAGGAGCAGGUGGUGGAGGUGGUCUUGGUGAUGGCAGCGGGCUUGGAGGCGGAGUUGGAGCUGGCGGCGGCGGCGGAUUUGGUGGUGGCGGGGGAGUAGGAGCCGCCGGAGGAUUCGGAGUGGGUGGUGGCGCUGGUUUUGGAGUAGGAGCUGGUGCAGGAGGCGGACUUAGUGGUAGUGGUGGUUCGGGACUUGGAAGCGGUGGAGGAGGAGGACUUGGUGGCGGCGGUGGAUUAGGAGGUGGUGCUGGCGGUGGGUUCGGUGCUGGAGGUGGCUCUGGAGGCGGUCUCGGUGAUGGAGCUGGAGCUGGCGGUGGGAUGGGCGGCGGUGGAGGCUUUGGAGGAGGAGGUGGUGGUGUUGGUGGCGGCGCAGGUGGAGGAAUGGGUUUCGGUGGUGGGAAGAGCGGCGGCGCCGGAGUUGGCGCGGGAGGUGGUGGCGGGUUCGGUGUCGGAGCUGGAGCAGGCGGAGGCAUGGGUGGCGGCUUCGGCGCCGGAGGUGGCGCAGACGGCGGACUUGGUGGAGGAGGAGGUAUGGGCGGUGGCGGCGCUGGUGGAGGGUUCGGUGGUGGCGCGGGAGGUGGGUUCGGCGGAGGCAUGGGCGGCGGCGCCGGAGGUGGGCACGGAGCAGGUGCCGGCGGCGGUGCGGGAGGCAGGUUUGGCGCAAGUGCCGGUGGUGGCAUGGGAGGCGGGCACGGCGCAGGCGGCGGCGGAGGCAUGGGCGGCGGCUUGGCGGUCGGGCACGGAGCCGGCACCGGCGGUGGAAGCGGCGGCGGCCAUAUGGGUGGCGGGAGCAGCAUUAGCAAUGGCAGAUCGACACGAGCGUUUCUUCUCAACUGA